CGUGCCGCGGUGCAUUCCGGGAGUCGUGGUUUUCUGUUGCCGCUGUCGGCCAGGCCGCUCCGGGGCGGAACUCCGUGUCCCAGGGGGCAGCGCGGCCGCGCCCUCCUCCCUGCCGGUCCCGGGGGAGGGGUGGCGGCGGUGCCCUCUGUCCCCGGCCGAGGCGGAAGCGGUGCGCAUGCGCCCUGGGAAGAUGGCACCUGCCGGCGGCUCCGGGGCCGUGAGGGAGCUGUGGGUGCCGCUGGCCGUCCUGGCCUUGACCCGGGCUGCGCUGGCCUUGACCGAGCAGUACCCGGCCUUGUCCCUGCUGAAGCAAGAACUGCACCGGCAGCGUCAGGGCCCGGCGGGGGGCUGCGCCUCGGCGGGGGACUGGGCAGAGCAGUACUCGGCCGAGUGCGAUUCAUCAUUUUUGCACUUCCAUGAAUCGGAUUGUGACAUAGGAGGGUCUUCAUCUUGUGAACCUGCCCUUUCUCUCCAUACAGAAAAAAUUCUGAAUCAAGCGAAGUUGCUUGCAGAGCAAAAACGAUUUCCAUUUGCUACUGAUAAUGACAACACAAAUGAAGAGUUGGCAAUUGCUUAUGUGUUGAUUGGCAACGGCUUGUACGAUGAAGCCAUACGACAUUUUUCAACAAUGCUGCAGGAAGAACCAGAGCUGGUUAGUGCAAUUUAUGGACGAGGGAUAGCAUAUGGAAAAAAAGGACUACAUGAUAUGAAAAAUGCUGAACUUGCUCUGUUUGAGCUCAGUAGGGUGAUUAGUCUAGAACCAGAUCAUCCUGAAGUAUUUGAACAGCGAGCAGAAAUACUGUCACCACUAGGACGAAUCAGUGAAGCAUUAUCUGAUCUCAGCAAAGCUAUUCAGCUACAACCAUCAGCACGACUCUACAGGCACAGAGGUACCCUUUACUUCAUAUCUGAGGAUUAUGCAACAGCCCAUGAAGAUUUUCAGCACUCAUUGGAACUGAACAAAAAUCAGCCUAUAGCUAUGCUUUAUAAAGGCUUAACCUUCUUUCACAGAGGACUUUUGAAGGAAGCUAUUGAAUCAUUCAAGGAAGCUCUGAAGCAGAAAGCAGACUUUAUAGAUGCGUAUAAAAGCCUGGGACAAGCCUACAGAGAACUUGGUAACUUCGAUGCUGCUACAGAGAACUUCCAGAAGGCUUUGCUGCUAAAUCAAAAUCAUGUUCAGACAUUACAGCUUAAAGGAAUGAUGCUUUAUCAUCAUGGUAGCUUAGAUGAAGCACUUAAGAAUUUUAAGAGAUGUCUACAGCUAGAACCAUAUAAUGAAGUGUGCCAGUACAUGAAAGGUCUCAGCCAUGUUGCAAUGGGACAGUUUUAUGAAGGCAUAAAAGCUCAGACUAAAGUUAUGUUAAAUGAUCCUCUACCGGGUCAGAAGGCCAGCCCAGAAUAUCUGAAAGUGAAAUAUCUCCGAGAGUAUUCUAGAUAUUUGCAUGCACAUUUGGAUACCCCUCUUACAGAGUAUAAUAUUGAUGUAGAUCUUCCUGGAAAUUUCAAGGACCAUUGGGCCAAAAAUCUUCCUUUUCUUAUAGAAAAUUAUGAAGAACAGCCAGGGUUACAGCCACAUAUAAAAGAUGUGUUAUUUCAGAAUUUUGAAAGCUAUAAGCCUGAUGUGCAAGAACUCAUAUGUGUAGCUGAUCAUCUGGGUUCCAUGAUGCAGUAUGAGACACCAGGAUUUCUUCCAAAUAGAAGAAUACAUAGAGCAAUGGGGUUGGCCACUCUAGAAGUAAUGCAGGCUGUGCAGCGGACCUGGGCAAACUCAAAAGUUCGGAUGAAUGGGAAAACCAGACUGAUGCAGUGGAGAGAUAUGUUUGAUAUUGCUGUGAAGUGGCGAAGGAUAGCUGACCCUGACCAGCCUGUGCUUUGGUUGGACCAAAUGCCUGCCCGAAGUCUUAGCAGAGGUUUCAAUAAUCACAUUAACUUAAUCAGGGGACAGGUCAUUAACAUGAGAUACCUGGAAUAUUUUGAGAAAAUUCUUCGAUUUAUCAAAGAUAGGAUCCUUGUUUAUCAUGGAGCUAAUAAUCCAAAAGGACUAUUAGAGGUUCGAGAAGCUUUGGAAAAGGUACAUAAAGUAGAAGAUCUUCUUCCCAUAAUGAAGCAGUUUAACAGUAAAACAAGAGAGGGGUUUACUGUGAACACUAAAGUCCCCAGCCUCAAGGAUCAAGGGAAAGAAUAUGAUGGAUUCACAAUUACAAUAACAGGCGAUAAGGUGGGGAACGUACUAUUUUCGGUAGAAACUCAGACAACAGAAGAGAGAACACAGCUGUAUCAUGCAGAAAUAGAUGCACUAUAUAAGGAUCUAACAGCUAAAGGAAAAGUUCUAAUUCUGUCUGCAGAGCUGGGGGAAGUAGAUGCUGUUUGCAACUUGAUCCUGUCAUUAGUUUAUUACUUCUAUAAUUUAAUGCCACUUUCCAGAGGAUCUAGUGUAAUAGCGUAUUCGGUGAUCAUGGGAGCACUAAUGGCAAGUGGAAAAGAAGUAUCAGGAAAAAUCCCUAAAGGAAAGCUGGUUGAUUUUGAAGCAAUGACAGCACCAGGGUCUGAAGCUUUCAGCAAAAUAGCAAGGAGCUGGAUGAAUCUAAAAAGGUUGUGCACAUCUGGGGACAUUCUUGGCGAAUGCAGGAAAAGAAAUCUUGCAACCACCUUCAAGAAGGCCAGAAGGACAACCCAGGGAAACUAUAGGCUGGUCAGCCUCAAUUUGGUCCCUGGUAAAGCCGUCAAGUGAGUCCUUUAGGAAAGUAUCACAGGGUAUGUGAAGGAGAAGGUGACUUUGGGCUGUCAACAUGGCUUUACCAAGUGUUGUGUGACCCAGUAUAAUUGCCUUCUGUGAUAAAACAACUAGAUUUGGUGAUAAGAGGAGAGCAGUUGAUGUUGCUUAUUUUUACUUCAGCGGGUACUCCCUCAAUACUCUCAUACCAAGACAGCAUGUUAUGGUCUAGAUGAGUGGACAAGGUAGAUGGGUAAAAAGCUGUUUGGAUAUUCACAUUUAGGGGGUAAUCAGCACUUUAGACCUCAUCUAGAACACUGCAUUCACUUUGGGGGCAGCUGCAGUGAAGAAUGUGAUAAACUGGAGUAAAUUCAGAAGCAAGCCACCAUGAUGGUCAGGAAGCUGGAGCAUGUGCCUUAACAGGAGUUAACUGGGCUUGUUCAGCCUGGAGAAGGCUUUGACCUAACAGCAGCUUAGUGGUACCCAUGAGUAGUGAGAAACGGAGCUGAGCAGUGCUUGGUGGGAGGACAGAAGGCAAGAUGCAUGAGUUGAAAUGAGGUUCAGACUGAGCAUGAUCUUUUCAUCAUGAGGGCAGUCAAGCAGCAGAGCUGCCCAGAGAGGAUGUGCAGUCUCAAUCCCUGGAGGUUUUUGAGAGCUGACAGGAUAAAGCCCUGACACCCUGGUCUGAUUUGCAGUUGACCUUGCUUUGAGCAGGAUGUUAGAUUGCAGACCUCCUGAGGUCUGGACCCACCUGUGUUAUUCUGAGAACCCAAGGAACUCUGCAGCUGCUGCUAGUGCUGAAUAUCUCACACCGAUUAGUGGUGUUUAAUUUCACUGUUGGUGGUUCUCAGCCUGGUGAAUUUCACUAGACUAUAAAAUCUUCCUAAAUGAAGAAGGCCAUUAAGAAGACUCAAGGACAUCUUUGUCAGACUCGGGCUAAAAAUCUAAAUGUAAAUGUAGUAAAGUUCAACUUCUGUUAAGUAGUGACAUUUUUAAACUACAGUGUAGUAAGUUGUGGUUUUUAUUAAAAGUAGUCUGCACAAAUGUUGUGACUUGAUUGUCUUUGAAACAUAAAAUAUUUAUGGUUCACACCAUUUUUUACUGUAAAUCUAAUUUAUAUACACAACUUCUUUCUUUAUCCUCUGGGGUUUUUUGUAUUUUUUUGUUUGGUUUUGUUUUGCUUGAGUUUUUUUUUCUCUCUAAAGACAUAUCUUUACCAAAGGGGAGCUUCUCUCUUGGGAGCAAAGUCAACCUAAGCCAUUUCAACUCUACCUGUGUGUUUCUGGCCCUCUCAGAUGUACUGUUGAAACCUGUGAGAAUCCAUAGCAAACCAGAUUAGGGAAGUGAUUUGUGUUAAAAGUAACCUUGCCAAAACCAAAAUUUAUUUUUAACAGAGACCAUUUCGUAGCAUAGUCCCACUGAUAGUAUUGCUGGCUCAAAUGAGAGAUGUAUAAUGGGUGAAGAAUGAGCCAGAGUAGAGAAAAUGCUAAAGUUGGCUUUGCUUGAUGCUAAGGAAAAUAUCUGUAGAACCACAGCCCAAAAGACAUGAAGUAAUAAUGUUAAGGUAAUUAACCUGAAUGGCUAAUUUGUCUGUGGUAGAAGAAUAAUAGUGGGAAAGGUAAGUAAGGCUUGAAACAUUAAAGCAAUAAAAUUUUGUGUUAACUUCUGCUACUUCCAAAGGCUUUUUCAUGUAGUCAUUAUUUUUAUACUGUAUAGUGAGUGAGAAGUCGUGAGAAGUAAGAGCUGGUUGUGGCCAACAGAUUCUUGACUUCAGGUCCUAAAUUUGUUGGAGAAGGGGAUGAAGUGAAGUAUAAGCUAAUGUGUUAACUUCCAGGUAAAUCAUAAAACUCAGCAAAAGAUAAUUUUCUUUUUUCCUCCUU